AUGUUACUGACUGUGACAACAGAUGGCGAAGAGAUGUACAAUCUCGACAUCGAUAACCAAAUGGCCAUUGAAGAUUUGAAAGCUUUGCUGGAGGCAGAGUCUGGUGUCCCUCCUCAAUCACAACACUUGUUUUUUAGCGGAAAAGAAUUGAACGAAGCUAAAAAGACAUUGGAAGAAUAUGGUGUUGGUGAAAAUGAAAUCAUCCACAUGCAACAAUUAGCCCCACAACAACAACAGCAAGGGCAAGUCAGCUCAAGCAGUGGCGACACCAAUUUUGAUCUUAUGCGCCAACAUGUUUUGAGAGAUCCUCGUCUUUUGCAACAAUUAGAAAGUACAAAUCCCGAAUUGGCUCAUGCUGCUAGAAACGACCCCGCUAGAUUCUCUGCUAUGGUCCAACAGAUUGAACAGACUAGACGUUCUGCAGAAGUGCAGAAAUCGCAACUUGCUGCACUCAAUGAUGAUCCCUUUGAUGUCGAGGCUCAAAAGCGUAUCGAAGAUGCCAUUAGACAAGAGAACAUUGCUGCAAAUCUGGAGGCUGCUAUGGAAUACAACCCUGAAUCGUUUGCCAGAGUCACUCGUUUAUACAUAAAUGUGGAAAUCAACAACAAACACUUGGUGGCUCUUGUUGAUUCAGGUGCUCAGAGCACAGUCAUCAGUCCAGAGACAGCCGAAUCAUGCGGGUUAAUGCGAUUGUUGGACACACGUUUCAGUGGUGUAGCUAAAGGUGUAGGCACCGCAAAGAUUUUGGGCCGUAUUCACAGUGCACAAAUGAGAUUAUCGCAAAACUUAUUCUUGACAUGUUCGUUCAUUGUGGUUGAAGGAAAAGGAUCCGAAUUACUCUUUGGCCUUGAUAUGUUGAAGAAGCACCGUGCUUGUAUCGAUCUUCGAAAGAAUGCAUUGACAUUUGACAGCUGCGAUAUUCCCUUUUUAGCCGAGCAUGAGCUCCCCGAAAAGCAGCGAAGAAUGGAGAUUCAUGGCAGUGAUGAGGAUGAAACAGCAAUUGAACGUCGAACAGUUGUGCCUCAAGUUUCUACGCCGCCACCCACUUCUGCUGCUUCACCAGCAGCGGCAGGCUCAGCAUCUGCAGCAGCAGCAGCAACACCCACUUUGAAUACAGCUUCGACAUCAUCAUCAACAUAUCCCGAGAAAGACAUCAAACUUCUCACUGACAUGGGAGUAAGUCGCCAGGAAGCUUUGAAUGCUUUGGAGAUGGCUGGCGGCAACCCUGAAGUAGCAGCAAGCUUAUUAUUUUAA